GUCAUCGCCCCCUAUUUCGGAAGCAUUGGCGACAAGAUGACGCAGGCGGAACCGCUGCUUGCGAUGGCAGCGCAGGAGAUUGAGGACAGCGGCUUCUUGCCGGGCUACCGCGUCAACGUCCACCUGACGGACUCGGGCUGUUCAGAGGCAUUGGGUACCAUGGCCACCGUGGAAGCCAUGACGCGUGGAGCUACGAAACAUGCCAUCCUCGGGGACGCAUGCAGUCAAGCGUGCGCUGCUGUCAGCGAUGCGGCGCGUCUCUUCAACGUCCUACAGGUUUCGCCUGGCUGUGAAUCCCCCAGCCUCAGCGACCGGACGCGCUACCCAUACCUCACACGGAUGACGCCUUCAGACCGCUUCAAG